GUAGAUGCUGUCGAAAAUCAAACCCCUGAAGAGGAAAUCAAGCAACAGGAUUUGCAAACUCCUGAUCAGAUUAUAGAAAGCCUUGAUGGGUCGGCCAAAUUAUGGAUUGGUAAGGAUUAUGUCAACUUUAUCGUUAAGGAUUUCACCAAUCUGGAUUCCCCGUUUGACGAUUUUAUUGACAGGGUUACCACUCCACGGAUGCCUUGGCAUGAUAUCGCCACAUGUGUACUGGGUGAUGCAGCCCGUGAUGUGUCUCGACAUUUCAUUCAGAGGUGGAAUGCCACCAAGGUGGAUAAAGCCAAAAAUAACGAUCAGAUUCCAUAUUUGUUACCCAAGAGUUAUGGAGUGUAUAAGACUCUUCCUAUCAAUUUUCCAAAUAAGACACAUAAAGUUACCUGUCAGGUACUUCGAAGUGUAAGUUGUUGGUCAUGUGGAUUUUUUGAACCAGAUACUGUUGAACAAAGUAUUCACGAGGCUUAUAUUGAUGCAAUAACCAGAGCUCAACACUAUAUUUACAUCGAAAACCAGUUUUUCAUUUCUCUCUCCUGUAACAAUCCUUUCACCAAAAAUCAAAUAGGCGAGGCUUUGUAUAAGAGAAUAGUGAGAGCCUAUAAAGCCAAAGCAGUCUUUCGAGUAUUUGUAAUCAUGCCACUUCUACCAGGGUUCGAAGGAGAAGUUGGGGGUGCCUCAGGAACAUCUUUACAUGCCAUCACUCACUGGAAUUAUGUUUCAAUAUCCCAAGGCAAGGACGCCAUUUUGAAUAGGUUGAAAGAAGCAGGCAUUGAAGACCCUUCAGAAUAUAUCACGUUUUAUGGUUUGAGAAAUCAUUCUACGAUGAAUUCAGAACCCAUCACCGAAUUGAUUUAUGUCCACUCUAAACUAAUGAUUGUUGAUGACAAAAUUGUAAUUUGUGGUUCUGCCAACAUUAAUGACAGAUCCAUGAUCGGCAAGAGGGAUUCUGAAGUUGCGGUUCUGAUUGAGGAUGAAACUUUCGAGGAUGGCCUAAUGGACGGCAAAGCCUUUCCUUCUGGAAAAUUCGCUGGUAGUCUUAGAAAAUACCUUUUCAAAGAACACUUGGGUACUCUUGAUCAACAAAAUGACGCCUUCAACUUUGAUAUUACAGAUCCGAUUUCCAAUUAUUUCUACAGAGAUAUUUGGUACAAAACAGCAAGCUUGAAUACUGAAUUCUAUGAAAAAGUAUUUCAUUGUUUACCAACAGACAGUGUACAGACAUUUGCAGACUUAAGGAAAAACCAUGAUGAAAAACCUCUUUGGGUUGAUGAGUUCUCCAGAGCAGAAAAAAUGUUAGAUAGUAUACAGGGCCAUCUGGUUCUCCUACCAUUACAUUUCCUGUCGAAGGAAAUAUUAACCCCAGCAGUAAGUUCAGUUGAAGGGAUGAUGCCUACUUCACUUUGGACUUGAAAAGUUGUGUUAAGAACUUUUUUAAAUAGUCCAUUUCAAUCAUGCCCUUUGAUUAAAUAUUUAAUUGAAAGCAAAAGUAAAACUUUCAUAUGCUCAGAUUUACUUGAAACAAUACAAAUACUCAUAAUUUGAGUAAAUCGGAAACUUGAAAUGUAGGUAUUUUUCAACAAAUAAACUAUUGAUUGCGAAUAUACCUACAUUUUAUCAGAUAAUGAAUAAA